AUGGAAGGUUUAGAUUUAAACGUCAGAAUUGACAGUAAUUCCAGUGAGAAGGGUUGUGAUUAUGAUGGCGAAGGUGUUGCGAAUGUUGUUGAAGAUGUUGCAGACUGGGAAGGAUUGUUGAAUUCGUAUAAUGAUCUUGAAGAAAUCAAUGAUGUUGAUCAUGUUGCUUCAUCAAUUGUUCUUAGUGAUGAUAGAUCUUUGGUUGAAUUCGAUGAUCGUGUUUCUGAAUCUAUGAAAGGCAAUUUGAUCAUAUUUACUCAUGAACGUACUAAAUGGGAAUGUGGUGAUGAACGUACUAAAUGGGAAUGUGGUGAUGCAAACAAUCUGUUGGAUUUGUCGUUUUGGCUAAAAGCUAGAGCAAAAAUUGCCAAGUCAUCCAUAUCGUCCAUUGCCAUACCCACCGCCACGGCUUCAUCUCUGGCCGGCGUUGAUGACUAUCAUUUCCCCGCCGAUCUUAUCUUCGUUCAGGACCGGAAGGAUGAGGCCCUUGCCGUUCUAAAAUCAGAGCUGGUGGCAGCCCUAAACAAAGAGGUUAAGUCCCUGGACGAGCAUGGAUGGAUGUUUGAGGGUCCCGGAUCACGCAUUCACCUUAUUUCUAAGCCAGGUGGUUUUCUUCAAAAGAAGCAUCUUGGAAAUUCAAGGCACCAUCAAUUGCCCCCGUCAAAAUGA